ACAGGCAGCUGCUGAUAUGUUGGUGUGGUCGAAGUAGCCGAAGCUUGUAUAUCUUGCGUACAUCUAACAUAUACUAACUGACUAGCUAGCUAUAUCUUAUCUAUAUUUUCUAAGGGAGCUAUCAAACCAAACUGAGAUCGAAAGUAGCUACAAUUGGUACAUUUUCGGAAUUACCAUUUCCUGUCAUUUUGAUAGGCAUUUCCUGUUGCGAAAUAGCUAGGUAGCGGUUCGUGGCAGUAAGCUAGCUGACGUUGGCUAAUUGGUAGCCUAGCUGGCUAGAUGAUGAAUUGUAGCAUACUUGGAAAUAAUCAUUAUUUGUUGAACGACAUUGAAUAUGGAAGGAUCGUGUAAUAUUGGCACGUUUUACCGGGGAUAUAUUACAACGGACAUAAUUUUUACAGGAUAACCUUAGCUACAUGAAAUGUCAUAACGUUAAGAUAGCCGCGGAGAUGGAGGGACCCACAACCCCCUGAAUAGCUGCACUGAUGGAUAAAUGUCCUCCUCCAAGAUGAGCAAGUCGAAUACUGCACAAGGUUUAGCAGAACUAUAUUAGCGUCUAUCUUAUCUCUAUAGCUAUAUUAGUCUGUCAAGCAAAUGGGAGACUGGUUAUUCGGGCAUAGCUCAUAAUUGACAGCUAACGUUAGCUGCUGGUGAAGAAAUCACUGCUGUUUUUGGCAUCUGCAAACAACAAGACUGGCUUUGUCAGACAAACCUUAGGCCUUGUCCAGAAAACAAAGUUAAUUUGUGAAACUGACAUCGCUGGAAAUAAGGACAUUUGAGCUUUCUGCAUCGUCAUUUGAGCAUUCUGCGUCGUUUUGAUUGAAGUGAGGAUAAUAUUUCCUCAUCAUCUGACUGAUAGUUAUCAUGAGGAAGUUCUUUGAUUCAUCUCGUCGGGAGUUGGUCAGUUCAGGACCUGGUUCUGGAGGAGGUAGCAGUGGAUCCAGCCAUGUAGGUGGCAAUUUAAUUGGACGUUCAUGUACCAUAGGGCGGCACCAAGUCACUAUUGAAGAAACAGUGGCCGAAGGGGGUUUUGCCAUCGUGUUCCUGGUACGAACCAGCCAAGGACUCCGCUGUGCCCUCAAGAGGAUGUAUGUCAACAAUGAGCACGACCUGCAGGUGUGCAAGCGAGAGAUCCAGAUCAUGAAGGACCUGGUCGGCCAUAAGAACAUCGUUGGCUAUCUGGACUCUAGUAUCACCACUUGUGGAGGAGGAGAUGUGUGGGAAGUGCUCAUCCUCAUGGACUACUGUAAAGGGGGCCAGGUGGUGAACCUGAUGAACCAACGUCUGCAGACAGGCUUCACAGAGGCAGAGGUGCUGCAGAUCUUCUGUGACACAUGUGACGCCGUGUCUCGACUGCACCAGGGCAAGACACCCAUCAUCCACAGGGACCUCAAGGUGGAGAACAUCCUGUUACAUGAUAAAGGCCACUAUGUGCUGUGUGACUUUGGCAGCGCUACCAAUAAGUUCCAGAACCCACAGAUUGAAGGAGUGCCAAUAGUCGAUGAUGAAAUAAAAAAGUACACCACUCUGUCAUAUCGUGCCCCUGAGAUGGUAAACCUCUACAAUAGCAAGAUUAUCACUACUAAAGCUGACAUAUGGGCGAUGGGCUGUUUGCUGUAUAAGCUGUGCUACUUCACUCUACCCUUCGGAGAGAGCCAGGUGGCCAUCUGUGAUGCCAGCUUCACCAUUCCUGACAAUUCCCGCUACUCCUACAACCUGCACUGCCUCAUCCGGUACAUGCUGGAGCCCGACCCUGACAAAAGGCCUGACAUCUACCAGGUGUCCUACUUUGCUUUUAAAUUGGCUCGUCGGGACUGCCCUGUUCAGAAUGUGAAGAACUCUCCAAUUCCUGCUCAUCUCCCUGAGCCAAUCAAAGCCAGUGAGGCAGCUGCAGCGAAGAAGAGCCAGAGCCAGACACAGAGUAAGGCCAGGUUGACAGAUCCUGUCCCCACCACUGAGACCUCCAUCACGCCACGGCAGAGGCCCAAAGCUGGCCAUGCCCAGCCCAGCACUGGCAUCCUGCCAAUUCAACCGGCUGCCCUCACCCCUCGCAAACGGGCCAAUCUCCCUGCCCUUCCUCUAGGAGUCAACUUAAACCUUGCCCAGCAAGCGGCAGCCCUCCAAUCACAGAAGGCACAGAUCACAGCUCCGCCUCAGCCAGUGACCGGCCGUUCACAGAACCCUCCUAGUCAGGCCACACUUCAGCUGGGUGGAAAGCCCCAAGCUGGUACUCAGCAGAAGCAGCCAGGGCAACUGCAGCAGCAGCCAAUCGCGGCAGCAGUCACCGCAGCAGGGGGAGGAGUCCCACCUGUGCAGGCCAAGACGGAGGCCCCGAGCGCCCCACUACAGGCCAUGCCUCCCUCGCUGGCCAGUCCCACCCCCCAGAAGGCCCAGGUCCCGUCUAGCCCAGCCCCACCCAAAGCCCCAGCACGUCGUAAGCAGGCUGGCCAGAGCCAGACCCAGCAGCAGCCAACUGCUCAGCCCACUCCAGUCCAACCUCCGACUGCACAGCAGCCUACAGCUCCGCAGCAACCAGUUCCUCUACAACCAGUUCCUCUACAACCAGUUCCUCUACAACCAGUUCCUCUACAACCAGUUCCUCUACAACCAGUUCCUCUACAACCAGUUCCUCUACAACCAGUUCCUCUACAACCAGUUCCUCUACAACCAGUUCCUCUACAACCAGUUCCUCUACAACCAGUUCCUCCAGAACCAGUGGCCCAGCAGCCACCUGUCCAGGCCCAGUCCAUCCCUGCUAAAACCAGUCAGAACACAGCUGAGACAGAGACGACUUCUCUUCCUGCUCUGUCCAAGACUCCGCCCCACUCUCCAAAGGCUGCAGAGCACACCCCGAGUGGCUUUACCCAGAAUUCAGUCGGUGGGCUACCUGGAAGUGACUCCACCCAGCCACUGCAAGAGGCCACAGCAGAAGAUGGCCUCAACCAGUUAAUAUCUGUUGGUACAAUUCCACCCAAUUCUACCCAAUCCCUUCAGCAGAGUAUGUGUGAACCAGCCCAGGAUGGCAACUUUGCUGCCUUUUCCCCUUCCCCUGCCUCUGCCCCUGGCCCUCCCAUCGGCUCCCUCAGUCAGCCCGCCUGGAACCCUUUUGGUGAUGAUGACUUCUCCAAUCUCAGUGCGGAGCAUCUGAUUAACAAAGACUUGGUUGACGAACAGGCUGAUGACGUGUCUGCAGAGGUGGAGACGGACCCCAUAGAGGACCUGAUACCUGGCCUGCUGGAGGUCUCCUCCCCUGGGGAAACAGCCCACCAACCUGCUGAGCAAUCUGAAGACCUCCUUGGCCUGGAUACAGGAGAGUCUUUGACUGUUCCGGUCCCGUUCAGCAUCCUAGCACUCUCAGACACUCCAGAGAAGCUUAUUGAGGGACUGAAGUCCCCAGAUACACACCUCCUGCUCCCUGACCUCCUGUCCAUGGCUGAUCCUUUUAGUGGAACUAUGGAGGAGGCUGUCAAUGUAGUGGGUCCAAUAGAAGAGUCUCUGGUGAGUCUGGACUUUCUCAUCCCUGGUCUGGAAGCUCCUGUGUCCCAGUCUGAGACAGACUCUGCACUGCUUCCUGACCCCCUGCUUGGGGAAGACACUCUGCUGGGCUGCUCUCUCAUCUCUCCCCCCUCUGGAGCCUCCCCUCUCUCCUCUGCUCCCGCUUCCACUGGCACUGGGUCUGUUCUGGAUGAGUUUGACCUGGUAUCUGCGAGUUGCACCCAGCUGCUGGCAGACUCCUCUGAUCUCCUGAUCUCAGGCUUUGAGCCUGUGCCAAGUGCAGAUACGGGCAACGAGGAUGAGUUUGACCCCAUCCCUGUCAUGGGCUCCAAAACCUCCUCUCAAGACCUGCAGAGGGAACCUAGCAGCUGUGAGACACGACCAGGUUUCUCCAGGACCGACAGCUCUGGACCAGCUGUUGAAGAGGAGCACAGACAGAGACUUCCUUUUGCCCACAGCAGCAUCAUUCCCCCCUCACUGUACCCAGAUGAGACAAACUCCCACCCGGUGCUUUCUAAGUCCUCUGACCAACCAAUCAAGCCUGACCAGAAACAGUCCCAGUGUCUCUCACCUCCUACACAGCAGCACACAGUCCCCUCCCCUGAUAUCUUCCUGCAGGCCCCUUUCAGGAUUGCAGGGAAAGAAGGGAGAGAUGUGUUUACCAACUCCCCUUUCCCUCUGGCCCACAAGCCUGCUCUGCCAUCUGAUCCUUUCCUCCAGGCCCCCUUUGGGAAGAGGAAUGAGAUAGCUGGGGCUGCUGUCACUGUCUCCCACCCUCCACAGCCCAACAAACAGCCCCUCUGCCAGGUCCAGCCAAACACCCACCAUCCCCAUAGUCUUUUACAUCCCAGUGUCCAGGGGAAGGCCCUGUUCACACCUGUUUCUGCCCCUAGGCCCAUCAUCUGGCAGGCCCAGCCUAGGUACUCCCGGUGCUCGGAGGUCCCCCUGCCCCAGCAGCCUGUCGCAGCCCACCGAGUGGUCUCCAGUGUGGGACAGCAGGCUGCUGUGGGCUCGGUGGCUGUGGGCCCCCUGCACUCCUGGACCAUUGGAGGCAGAGCUAUAGUGGAUCCAUUCAUCAGGGCCCCCUUCCACCCCAGAUGCCAACAGGGAAAGCCUUGAUAUCCAAACCCCCCUUCCCUCUCCCCAAAUUCAGAAUCUGGCCCCACACCAAAUGCCAAAGCUGGCCUCCAUCUAGUGCCUACACGUAAGGGGGAGGUUAUCAGCGGAAGUCUGUCCCAUGCCAGCCCUGCUCUUUCCCCCUGUGGAGGGCAUAACCAGUCCCAGCAGCCCUCUUGUAAGUGUGCAAUCUAGAUUAAUCUGGCUGUCUCUGUUGAGGAUGUAAUAGGUAGACUGACUGUUUUUCUGUGCAAUUGCAGUAUUAAUCAUGACUCGCUCCACCUUGCCCAUAUUCAACUUGUUUUUUUACACGCUCGUUCUACCUCAGCUUUCUGAUUUGCCUUCAGAUGAAACACUGGUAGAUUGCGGCACUUCAUUUGCAUUUCAUGAGGAUUUCCAGGACACAUCAAACUGCUAAAACUAUAUUGAAAAUAAAGAUUGUCCAGGAUCGUUUCACUUUAAAAGUACUAAUGGCAAUCUACACUUUCUGAAUUUGAGAAAUCUCCCUUGUAAAAGGAAAAGAAGAACAAAGGAUUUUGUUUUAUUUGUUAAAGGUUUGUGUUUGUAUACUUACUGUAUAUAUAUUUUUUUUACAUUGUUUUCAACACCAUGUUAAUAAUAUACUAAUGUGUAAAUCACAUUGGGUUUAUAUGGUUCGACUUGAUAUACUAUGGUAGUUCUAAAUUACAUCAGUUGAGUAUUUGCCUGAUGAGCUGGUGACAUUUGACCUCUGUCAAACGUGUAUAUUCUCUCUCUAUUACUCCAUACUUUUUAACUGUUGUUUUACGCAGUUUCCUUCUUCACAGGUCAACAGGUCAUUAAAUGUUUUAUAAAAAAGACCUGUUGUCAACAGGAAGAGGAAAGGCUUAUCGUGAAGGAUACUUAGCUUUGGUCCAUAACCAUAGCAGGUGUCUCUAUGCUGUAUUUGAAUGUCUUGGUAAGUUACUAUGGAUCAAAAUGCACUCUAACAUACAGUAAUGUUAUAUGGAGGCCAACAGACAGCAGCUUGACACUGAGUAUUCCAAACAUUAGGAACACCUUCCUAAUAUUGAGUUGCACCCCCCCCCCCCCCUUGUCGUCAGAACAGCCUCAAUCCGCAUUGACUCUUCAAGAUGUUGAAAGUGUUCCACAGGGGUGCUGGCCAAUGUUCCGUCUAAGCUGCGCUCGGGCACGCAGCUCCCUGGGACUGCUACAGGAAAUAUCAGAGCGCGCAGAGAAGCACGAGAUUGAACUUUACGCAACUUUCUAGUUUUCCCUGUUAACACAAUCACCGUUUCCCUUUACUGUGGGAAUUGUGAUCGGAUCAACACAAUAUUAGCAACUUUCAAUGCAACAUCUCGAAACAAAACAAAAUAUGCAAGACUUAGUAUGCAAAACUAACUUUACAAGAGAUUUUGUUUGUUGGCAGAACCUAUCAGAGCAGGAUUCUAUUACAUUGACAGGCACGACUCGGGCACAUACUCUACACAGACCGGUGCGGCAUAACCAAUCAAAGCUGCAGUAGGCCUAUAUGCAAAUAGACCAUUGCCAUAUAUGUAUCUGUGCCAUUCCUUUGAACUGGACUGUGUUUACAGCAUCAGCGAUCAUGGGUAGAUGCACUUGUUUUGAUAUCAAAGUGAACACCACACAUUGGCUGCUAUUGUAGGCUGAAUGAUAGAACAGUUAUUUCCAUGUUAAAAUGUUAUGGGAUGCAUUUUCCCCAUUGUUUUUGAUGGUUGGCCACUCUUGUAGUACUACAUUAUGAUCAAAUAGCCACAGUAGCCUACUUGACCACUGUUAAAACUAACUUUUAAAGCGGGUACAUCGUCAGUGUUCACAGAAACCGCGUGCCGGAAGUUGCACAGAAUUUGCACAUUGAGCGAAUUUCUGCUGAGCGCAAACUUCAAUGAUGAAACAUUUUUGAGGGAACAUUGAUGCCUGCCCAUGUUGACUCCAAUGCUUCCCACAGUUGUCAAGUUGGCUGGAUGUCCUUUGGGUGGUGGACAAUUGUUGAUACAUAUGGGAAACUGUUGUGUGAAAAGCCCAGCAGCAUUGCAGUUCUUGACACAAACUGGUGCACCUGGACCCUACUAUCAUAUCCCGUUCAAAGGCACUUAAAUAUUUUGUCUUGCCAUUCACCCUCUGAAUGGCACAUACACAAUCCGUCUCACUUGUCUCGAGGCUCCUCCCCACUGGUUGAAGUGGAUUUAAUAUGUGACGUCAAUAAGGGAUCAUAGCUUUCACCUGGAAUCCCCUGGUCAGCCUGUGUCAUGGAAAGAGCAGAUGUUCCUAAUGUUUUGUACACUCAGUAUAUAUUGUACACCUAUUUCCCUUUAAUGCAUAAUAACCUACUUACAGCAAUGAUUCUCAAACCUUUUCACCCUACAGACCAUAGGAAAAGUCUCUAUGUACCACCCAAUGUACCACCUGACGUGCCUUACAUUGCACUUCAGAUUAGGAACCUCUGACCUAUCAUUUUCCAAAUGUUCCACAUUCGUUUAAUACUGUAUGGAUGGCGUAUGUUGCCGUAAUUUUUUUUCUCUCACUUUGUGUGCGUCAUUUGGACGAAUGCUGUACGGAUUUAAUAUGCUCUCCUGUUAUCUCUCUCACUCUGGAUGUGUGUCUAUUCCUGGUAUUGCUGUAUGAAGUUCCAUUCAUAGGAAGGGGGUGUUGGGGACAGCACAGCAGUCUGAUGCUCUCACCCGUGAUUACUGUUCAACAACACCCUCACUGGUCAAUGCUUUGUUAACGUCCACACGGUGCUGUAAACAGAAUGAAGGAUUUUUCAUGAAAUGAUGUAGCAGGCUGCUUGUUUCUUAUUAUUCAGUCGCUUUACAUGUCUACCAAUCUGAUUAAACAUUCAUGUAAACAAUAUGCUUAUUUACACAUUUGUGAUUGUACUCCCUGUCAAGUGGCAUUCUUACCACUAAUGACUCAAUUGUUUGGGUCAUUGUUUGGAUCCAGAGUGAUCGGUCAGAAGGGUAUUUUACCAAAUGUAGUCCUUCUACACCAUGGAAGUGAAGAGUCUUUAUAGCUCUGAUUGCUUCAGUGUGUGCGAGCAUGUUCUCAGCAUCACCCUCACCAUGUAGGAAAUUGCAACAGAAAUAGCAGUAGUAGAGUGAUCUACCUGUCUGUCACACAGAAGGAGCUGAUCCAGGGGCAGGCCACAGAGGCUCAGCGCUCCCUUGGGUGUGUGAGUCUAGUGCCUAACCUUCUCUGCCAGAGCUCUAUGGCAUCAUAGUUGGCCUUUGCUUUUACUGCCUCCAGCCCCUCUGCCACCUAGUUUAGCUCGUUGCCGUUGGCGCUGUGAUUUGCCACAGGCAUGCCUAUAUGAGGUCACUCCCGACAGGAUUGUGUCUUUGUGUCCUUCUAUAAUAGCUAAUUUUAACCCAUUUUAAUCCCAUCAAUCACAAUAGUGGGGGGGAAAAGUUUGUACUUUACAGGCUCUAGAGAAGUUAAAGUUGUACUUAUCAAAAAUAAGUAUUAUAUUAUGCAUUAUGAAUGUGUCUAGUGUGAUUCAGAGAUGUUUCAUACGAUUUUUCAAAAUGGUCACAAGACCACAAGCAUUCAUCUACAAGGUGUACUUUUACAGAAACAUUUGUCUGUAUUCUGUAUUCAACUGUUUAAAAAAACAAAUACAUUGUUGAAAUGUUCAAA